UGGUACUGUCGCCAGGAAGCCCGGAUGUUCAAACAGUUUUCGCGGGGACCCGUUUCAGUUUGAGUAUGGACAGAUGUCUAAAGUAAGCUCCCAAACAGGUGAGCUCUUCUUCUUUUCUACAUCUCAACUAUAUAAUCUGUAACACGACGAUGGUCAUGUCCUUAGGGCCUCUCCGCACUGACGCAGGGUCGUUGGCUGAAAGGCCCCUCUGUGCUGCACUGGUCUCCUCUAUCAGUGUGUUUCUUACCUGUUUGUGCAGGUCCCGAUCUUUUAGCCGAUCUCUUAUUGUCAGUUUGUGUUUAAUGGAUUUUUUGACUCUACAGGCCUGGCGGUGGGUGUUACUCGUGAAAUCGCAGUUAAUUCAUAAUUCAACAAGGGAGGGGGACCUUCUGACAUACUGUACGGCCAGGUUGGUUUGGACAGCUUUUUCCCCUAUCAAUAAAAAUCCUUUAAAAACUGCAUUUUGUAUUUACUCACAUUAUAUUUGCCUGAUGUUCAACUCUGUUUGGCAAAAACAGAAGACAUUUUUUAAAGGAAACUACUUUUAUACAACACUAUACACCGCUGAUAAAUGCAUACAUUGGUUUAUUUAUUAAGAUAUACUUAAUGGAAAGAAUUACAUUACAUUUAAGAUCCCUGAUUGGUGUUUUUGAAGAGACCUUGCUUUGAUAGCUUUUGUGAACGUAUGUGAAAACUGUAAGAACGUAUGUGCUGUGUAAUCUCUCUUUCUCCUUCAUAUAUGAGCUCCUACGCAGUGGUGUUCAGUUUAUAGUUAGUACCAACUGUAUCAAAGAAAUAUUCAAUAAAAACUAAAUGAAAAAAGUAAAGUGAUAGGCUUUAUGUCUUUUAAUAAUAAAAAAAUAAAUGAUUGGAGUCAAUAAAAUCUUGUGAGUCAGUUUAAGCUGCUAAUGGGUGUUGUGAUUUUAAUAUAUGCAGUAUCUGCUGAAACAUCCUGGCCUAACACUUGUUUGAUGUUUCCUGUUGUGUAGAAAACCUGAUUGAUUCAGCUGUGUCUAAUAUGGAGUCCUUCAACCUGUCAGCAAUAGAGAAAGACAGCUUCAUGGAGGGACUGCAGAAAACCUAUGGUGAGUCCUAAUCAUAAGCCCCUCUCACUUUAUGAAUCCAUGGCAGCACCAUAAUGCAGCUCCACUGUGAUCGUACUCUCAUAUUGAGCCAACAGUGACAAAGAUGUCCCACAGUGUGAUUUCAGAUUUUGUCACAACUGUGUUUCAAUGCACAAGAAAGAAGCUUCAUGUGCUUUACACCUGCACUCGGACACACAUGCACACACAGACAACCACAAACACACAGUGCUGCUCUGCCCUGCAAGUUACAUCAACUCACAGUCUUGCCCCUGAAGUAUCUCUGUUACCACCUCUAAUGCUGGCACUGUGAUGGGACAAUUCGAUUCACCAUCACAGCUUAAUUCACAUUAAAGGCGAGACGUUACAGCAUAAACAUAGCAUCAUUAAAUGGCACUAUUAAAGGGCUUUAGACAACAUUUGUACAGACCCACAGGAUUUCUUCAGAUUAAAAAAAUAAGGGAAGCGAGAAAAUAAUGGGAAGGGCUCCUCCUUAAAUACCAGGCACCACCAGUCACCAAAUAAGCCACACCUGAGGAGAUACGAAAGGUUAGACCUGGGAACAAAAAGGUGUGGUGGCAGCAGCCACUAGAUGGUGCCAGAAAAGCCACAAUGUAAACAACCCCAGGGUAGUGAAGGGAGGGAACACAAUAAAUGAGAAUGCUGAAGAGGAUUAAAUUUAACAUUAUUGAAGGUCUUUUCAAAUUCAGAUAAGAAAGGAUUACCGAUAAGCCAUGAUUAAUGGACAUGUACCUACCUUUGCGCAUUUCAUGGGAGGGUGAUAAUUCUAUUUUGGGGUUUCAGAUUGACUUGUCUACAACGGCAUUCACUAUCCCUGCUGUACUGUUCAACCUGCUUUUCAUUUCCUUCUUAAAGGAUAAUGAAGAUUUGAAAAUAACAAUGCAGCAUCUGAGACCAAGAUACCAGACUGUGAUAUGAAAUCAGCUCAUUACUAAUGAUCAGCCUUUUUUGAAAUCAGAGGAGGCUCCCAUACUGUCCAUUUACAAAAGUGCAUUGGCUUCCCUUUUCAAGCACAGUGCCGAUGUCCAGUUGUCCACUUCCGGGAGCUCCCAAUGGUUAUAUAUGUUGUAAAUGGAGAUGAGUGCGGUUCUCAGCUGGUACACUAUCUCAGUCAGUCCGAUCACGGUGGUGCUGUAUAUUGUUAGCUGUCCUCAUCUUACCAUUUCAGAGUCACUCUGCAUUAUUGAACUAAAGAAUUUGUUCUGGCACAUUUCAGUGCAACGUUUUCCAUAGGAUUUCUCUUGUGUGUCUUCCAUUCUGUCCUGAUGUCUACAUUUUUCUUCAAUUUAAAUUUUCAAAUCUCUACUCUCGGGAUGACCACAGACCUCUUGUGUUGUCUAGAUAACCCUCUGCACAGCACUGCCAUCGAGGAGAAUUUGAAUAUCCCAAAGGGUCAGAGAGACAAAGGGAAAUCGUCAAAGACUGGAGCUGCUGCGAAAAGGAAGAACACAGAGCAGGAUGCAGAGAAUGGAAAGGAAGAAGAGAAGAAGAGACGUAAGAAGAGUUCUGGAGGAAAUGCUGUUGGCAGGUAUGAUCAGAAACGUUUAUUCCCUAUCCAGUUUUCACGCUAACAGUAGGGCAUCAUGUUUUUACUGCAACCAAUCUCUGUGUUUAACAGGCCUGAGAAAGAAGCAAAAAGAAAGAAGGGGAAGGGUGCGCCUGAGGGACAGAGAGACGACUCAGAUACAGGCAAGACAAAACCAAACACACGUGGCGUGCUUCAGGAACUUACCCCAACAGCCAGCAGUGUCAGGCGUUUGGUUGAGGAGAAGCCCUCCAAGAGGAGGAGUGCAACACCGACAUCUGCAGCAAGGUGAGGUCACAUGAAGAGGUCAUUUUCUACUCUGAGAUGAUUUUAUGCUUUUUAUCGAGGAGGACAUGAUGCAGUUUUAGACUCUAAUUACACCUGCAGAGUAAUGAAGUAAUAGACUGUGUCAUCACUUGUUACAUUUAAACAUGACACGUCACACAAAAAUCAUCCACAAGAGGGGGCCUUUUUACAAACUUUUCAUGGUUCUAGGAAUGACUAACCCUGUCUUUUGGCAUCUGGAAAUGUAAUUGACCAAAAUAUAUUUCUCCUAUGUAUAUGAUUGGGAAUGACACUGAUCAAGUAUAGUAAACUAUUUAAAAAAAAAAACAAUCAAUAUUUAUUUAUAUAGCAUCAAUUCACAACAAGUGUUAUCCCAAGAUGCUCAACAACAAAGCUGGUCUAGACCAGACUCUAUUUACAGAGACCCAAUGCAAAGAUGAGAUCAGACCCCUACUCUGUAAGAUCAGACCCACUCCCAUCCCAUCUUCAACCUCAUGAUUAAAACACUAAACAGUAUUUAGAGAGUUACAGUGGAGAGGAAGAACUUCCUCCAACAGGCAGAAACCUCGAGCAGAACCAGACUGAUGUUAGACAGUCAUUUGUUGCUUAGAAGUUCAUACCUUUGACUCAAAUCACGUGAUGUGAUGUAAAAUAUCUCAAUGUUUACCUCAGAGGGGGCAGAGAUUAUUCAGGAAAUGGAUCUGUGGACAGGAAAGCUCAAAGACCUUGCUAUAUGGCACGGCAUGUGUUUUUUCCCCUUUCUUCUACUGUGGUGUUUUGGAGUUAAGCGUCUUCCCAUUUCCAUGUUUGUCUUUCUCUGUCCUCCACAAAGGAAAGUGAACAAACGGCAGAUGAAGAAAGAUAAGAAGAAAGAGAGUACAUCAGGGAGUGGAUCAUCUCAUGACCCUGUGGCACAGGUGUGAAUGUCAAAACUAAUGUCUUAAGAGUUGUUGCUAUCAGCAGUACGAUGCUCCGUAAGUCCCCUAACGGGAUAACUCUUAGCACAAGUUGUUCACCUUUUAAAGCAGAUCAACUUUUCAUCGGUUUUAUGUAUUUAUCAGUCUUAAUUUGUAUAACACCAAUUCACAACCAAUAUUUUCACAAGACAUGUAGCACUUUCUGCCAUUUUUGUCAAAGACCCCUAAAAUCAGGAUAGGAUAGGAUCAAAGUCCCACCUCACAUCCACAGUCUUAUAUUAUACCAUCAUAACCACAGUACUCUUUAGCAUUUGGUUAGCAAGUUACAAUGGCAAAGAAAAACAUCACUUGACUGACAGAAACCUUAAGCAGAACCAGACUAGUGUUGAAAAGCCAUCUGCCAUGACCAUGUUGGGCUUAGAAAGGGGGGCAGAAGAAGAUGCAGAGAGAGAAAGAGAGACAGCAAUGACAUCUCACACAAACUUAAGGUGACUGCAAAUUGUGGUGAUAGAAGUAUGUGCACAGUUUGUAGGACCUGCAAAUGAAUGAUGAUGGACUGAUAAAUGUUUAUGGCAAAGGUUGUUAAGGUUAACUGGUCUCAGUCAGCAUUUAUAAUCAUGAUGAUGAUAGUAGGGAUGGGAGUGAUAGUGUCAAUGAAAGUGGUUAAAGUUACACAGUUCUGGAAUGAAGGUUUGUAUUAUCAUAAUAAUAGUGAAACUGCUAUUAAUAGCUAUAGCAGAAGCAGCUGAGAGGAAGGUCCUCAGCAGAAGACUCUCUGCAACAAAAGUCCACAGGAACCCACAAGACAAGAGAGCUCAGGGGACCCCCAAAAGAUCAACAGUUGAUAACAUUACGUAUGAAGUCAGUGAAUGGAUGCAUGCAUGCAUGGAUGGAUGGUUGAAUAAUAGAUGGAUAGACUGAUGGUCUGACUUACUUACUCACUUAAUUGAUCUUGAGGGAAAUUGCAGGCAUCCAGUAGCAUACAAUAACACAUUAAAAAGAGACCAGCCCUCCCACAUGCAGAAGUUAGGCUUGUUUAAAUGGCUAAAACAAAAAUAGCCUUCCAUUAAGACAAAUAUAACUUACACUGUGACUUAAAACUUUAAUUUACUUGUUCAUUAUUAUUAUUAUUUUCAAUCUUUUUUAUGCCAUUUAUUUCAGAACCAAAGUCCAAAAAAGGCCAAACAGUACAGUUUUGGUGGAACCAGAAAGUCUUCAUCUGAAGAUGUCAGUUUUGAAGAGAGUUCAUCAGGUAUGAGAAAGGAGCACACAGGUCAAAGGUUAUUCAGAGAGUUUAAUGUUUAUAAAAAGAAAAGCAUGUCCUGCUUCAAGCUACCAGAAGGCAUCGACAGCACUUUCAUGACUGUACAUUCAAACCCGGGAGCCAGUGGAGCAGGUAUUACGGACUAAAAGCCUUUCAUUUUGGCAGACUCAUAGGUCUGUUGUAAAUAAGUCAUUAACACAUUGUGAAAGUUUGUAUUUUUUGUACCUUGUUUUCAUGAAAUUUUAUUCACCAAGUAAUUCAGAUUACUGGCUGGCGAUAGUAACAUCUCAAUCCAUCACACCAAGAACUUGGUCAGAGAGAAAGAAAGAAAGGAAAAGCAGCUUCUGAUUGUCUUUAACUUUCACAGUCAUUAUGAGACUCUUUUGACUGUUAAAUAUCCACAACAAACCCUGAGUUACUGUUACUGCAGUGCAGACUGAUGUAAAUACCAGAAAUAGAAUAUCUGUUUCAGAUAAGGAGGAGCCUGCCACUCCUGUUGUUUUGGAACAGUUAACCACAGUUAAUUCUAUCAAAAGCUUUGGAUGCACUCAGAAAACACGAAUGUUGUGGAGGUUUUACUCCUGUGGCUGCUGAUAAUUCCUUCUGACGACUACCUAAUACAGGCCAACUUAAAAAUCGUGAACUAGCCUUUUACUUUCCAAACAUAUAUUUUUGGAUUUCACAGGAUUUGUAGAGAACUAGCUAUUGACCAAAAGUUUUGCUGUGUCCAGAGGUUGCCAGUAAAAAGAAAAUACAGCUUAUUGCUUUUGAAUUUUUGUGCAAUAUAAAAUGUAAAUUAUAGACAACAGUUUAAGUGAGACAGCCUGCACUUUGCAGAUGAAUUCUGCACUGUAUGAAGCUGUUUAUUGUCUUUAGGUAUAAACUAAGUAAAGCUGAUCAAGAUUUUAUCAGGGACUCCAAACUGGUGUUACUGAGCAUCACCAUUGUUCUCAUAUAGUCUAAAUCCAGUUGGAACAUUCAGUGGCAUUCUAUAAGGGAUCCGGUGCUUCUUUUUUAUUGUCAACGGUUUUUACAAGGUCUAAAAAAACAUUCUUUUUCCAUUGAAGGUAGUGCAAAUGAAGAAUCAGAAGAGGCUAAAGCAGAUAAGAAGAGAAGCAAAAAACAACAACGUCAGAGAGGAACUGAGCUGGAGGUGGUACUGGACACAUUUUCUGAUUUCUGCGAAGAGUACAGGUAACUCUAAGUGUUUCUUCAUGCAGUAGCCUGCUGUCUAAUCCUUGUGAAACAGUCAGUACUUUUAUAUGAAAAUGUUUUCAGUCUUUGUAUUUUCUUUCAGGGAGUCAGUGGAGUCUACAGCAGCCAGACAGUCCAUUGAUGCAUUCUCCACCAACGUUAAACAGCAGCUCAUAGAAAGGGUCAGAUUUUCUUUUUCUCUUUGGUUGUGAUGCUAGAAAGUACCAGGACGCUGGGCAGUCCUUAUGGCACUCAGGCCUAUGUGGGAAACUACAUAUAACAAUGCUUGGACAUACACUGAGUACAUCCACUUAGCUCAGACUAGAGAAUUAAUAUCAGUGUUUAGGUUAGGCAGUGCUUGUGCACAUGCUCAAAAAUCUAGCUGGUUUGACUGGUGCCUGUACAGUUUUCUACCCCGGCUUCAAGUAUGAAUUAAUCAUACUGUUAUUUUAUCUGCUGAUUUAUAACCUCACAUGUAAUAGCCUGCUGCUCAGGCCCACAGGAGUAAAAAUAUAUCAGUUCUCAAAAAUAAGCCUCCAGUCAUAUUGGCUGAAGUUUCAGUACUGUGUGUUACAUAUAUUAAUAUGCCGAGCCCACGUGGGUUUACAUGACACGAGGAGUUCAUUCAAUCCAAAUGCCACAUAAAAAUCUUCACUCAUUAAUGAGGCUAUCUUGCUUUCUUUUCAGGCUUUUAAAACAAGAUUAGCAGCUUAAACACAUCAAAUUUAAACAUUCAGUCCAGGUUUUGCUCAUCCGGCCACAUUAUUUCAGGCCUCUGGGAGCGACUUCAGAAAACAAUGACUUUCUCAGGUCAUUGUAGUUUUUAGGGUUUUAUAAGAAAUGAAACUCUGUCUCCACGUCAUCCAAAUCGCUCAUCUCACAGAGUCUGUUUUCUUCAGGAUUAUUUUUGAAUCGAUCAAACUCGACAGCCAGAGGAAGAAAACCAGAUCUGAACUGUGUGACCGGGGAUCUGAGGCUUCUAGAUAACUAAGAUGUUACAGAUAAUUCAGGGUUCAAAUCAAGUUUUGUUUGCACAUAUCCCCUAAAUUCAGGCUUAGACAUUUUCAAACCAUUUUUCUUCAAAUUUCAGCAUGAAGUUUUUAUUUUAGAGAGUUAUUUGUGGCACAGAUUAUAUACAUUAUCUCUACCCCCUCAAAACUGGAGAGUUAUGUUUUUAAUCUGGAGGACCACAAGGGUCACAGAAAAUGUACAAAGCAGACAGACGAUUACAAAAGGAAUUCAUAAACUUAAAACAAAUAAAAAGAUGAGUUAUUAAAAUAAUUUACAAAUGAAUCUUUAAGAUGAUUAAUUAGUAAAUAAUUUAUUGAUAUUUUCAUGCAUGCCCUUAUAUAGUUCAAUAUAAAAAUCAUGUCAAAAAUACAAUAUGACAGAGUGUGCAGAUGGCUGAGUGGGUUAUCACACCCCAUGCAGCGGUCACAGGUUUGAGUCCGGCCCCGACCAUGUGCUGCAUGUCCUCCCCCUCCCUCUCUAUCUCCCCACAUUUCACCCUGUGCUAUCUACAAAGGCAAAAUCGCCAAAAAAAAAACUUAAAAAAAAUGCAAUUGGACAAAUUUUAAUAAAUAAGUGAAACAUGAACUGAAUUAAGAAAACACAUUUGAAUCAGAUGCUUAAAGGGACUGUUUUUUCCUGUUUAAAAAUGGAUUUGAACACCAAAUCAUCUCUCAGUGACCUUAAAGAGACAGCAGCUAAAACAAAGCGUUUCUGAUGGAGGUUACAACAAUGAUAUUUUCGUACACUAGGCUGAGAAACUGAAAGAUUUUUUUGAUCUGAAAAUCAUGUAAAGCUUUUCUGCAAUUCUGCAAUUGGUAUUAGGUUGAUCCUAGAAAUGUACCAUGCUAAUGGAAUCAUAAGACACUGGAAGAAUCAUUUUACUCCUGUUUUUUUAUGUCUUCCCUAGAUCACUUCCUACAAGGAGUUCCGGGCUGUAAAAAGAGAGAAUGAUAAGGUAAAUUUCAGUGAGCUUUUGUUUUUACUAAAAGCCACUAUGUACAAACUUAACAACCCAACCUACAGUUUGAUGAACUAGGUUUAAUUUUAUGAGGCAUUGGCAAGUCUAAGUUUGCAAACACUCAAUGAUAUUGCAGUUCAGCGUACCAGAUUAGCAUCAGUUUGUAAGCACUGUUAUUGUCAGCUUUCUGGCUUGCAGAUAGAUGGACUGAUGGUAAAUUGACAGUCUGUGAUUAUGGCGUGCUUUUGUCAUCUUCUUACCACUCCAAAGGCUUUUACACCACCUGUCACAUUUAUUCACCCAUCAACAACACAUUCAUACACUGAUUGCAGAGGAUGCUUGGUAAGGUGCCUAUAAUAACCAAUCUCUUGCACACAUGGCACAUGACUGUGGGAGCAUGGGUACAACUGACAAUCUUCCAUUUGAGAGAUGACUGACUGCUGUGCUAAAAUAAAGCAUUAUGGGUCUGUCAGUGGGGCUGCAUACUCUUUGUAUUUUCCUCUUGUUGUCUGUAUUCAAAGCUCUUCUUUAAUUUUGGUGUUUGUGUCUGUGUGUUCCAGGUGGCUUCAUUGAUCCAGAAAAAGAGACAGACUCUGUUGGAUGCCAAAUAUGAGCUUAUGAGGUGAGUGGCAGAGCAAUUCAAGGGUUCAAACAACAUUUUUAUUUUUACAGUCUUGUUUCACCACCAGUGUUACUUUAGGGCCAUUAGGUUAAACUAUCCUCUACUACAAAUAAGGCAUUAAAAGAACCAAAACAUUUCCAGCCAGAUGCAGAUAUGCAGAUAUAUUUGAUCGCUAUUGUGUCAUCAGAGAUAAAACAUGCAUCAGUCUUCCCCUCUUAAAAAGUCAUUCUUUGUGUCAUGAUGGUGAUGUCCAAAUACUCACCAUGGCCUCUACUGUCUGUCCAUUCAGGGCCGAGAGGCAGAAGUCUUUACUGGAAAAGGAGAAAUGUGAACUUGAACUCAGGUUGGCUGAUCUGAGGAAAGGCCAAGCAUUCUUGCAUGAUCUCAGAGAGCUCAAUAAACUUUACCUGGACUUCAGACGUGAACACCCAAAGGCAAAAGAGACGGUAGGUGCACACACUCACACACAUUUUCCUUAUUUUUGGAUCUUUGUCAUCAGUUAAACUUGAGCAUCACAAAUGGUCUUUAUCCAACUGAUGAUAAAAAACAUUCCUCCCCUCCUCCUCCUGUCCAGUAUGGGAAGUCCAGCUUACCAGCUGUGCAGUUGGAAAACCAGGACGAUAGAAGCAGCAGAGCGUAAUCAUGAAGGAGCUAGAAAAAGAGGAACAGAGCUGAGAACUGAUCUGUAACUGCUCAAAGAAAGAUGUGAAGUUAGAGCUGAGUCACAUUUUUCCAUUUGUUAAAAAUGUUGGCACUGUUAAUAAUUUGUUGAAUGUCAAUGACAACAAGUUCUUUGUAAUACUAUUUUUUUUCUCAUUUCAAUAAAACUGAAUGAGUUAAACAAAAGAACACUUCAGUAGCUACAGUACUUUCUAUAUUUAUAGCAUUUACAAAUGAAAAGGAUCUCUAAGGCUAUGGACUUUGACUACAAUUAAGUUUAAUGUAGUGCUGUGAUUUGUCUAGAUGCAGUUUUUUCUUUUUCUUUUCUUUUUUUGCUGCAAAAACUAUUAAUAAGAAUAAGAACUUCAUUUUAUCCCUGAAGGGAAA